AUGGAGGGGUUGGAAUUGGAUGGAGUAAUAGGUAGGUUGUUAGAAGGGAGAAAGAAUAGAGGGAAGAAGAUUCAGCUGGCGGAGUCCGAGAUUCGCCAUCUUUGCAUCAACGCCAAGGAUGUCUUCCUCAGCCAGCCUAACCUCUUGGAGCUUGAAGCUCCAAUUAACGUUUGUGUGGCUGCAGUAAUUGACGACAAGAUCCUAUGCAUGCACGGUGGGCUUUCACCAGAUAUGGAAAGCUUGGAUCAGAUUAGAGCUAUAGAAAGGCCAGUUGAUGUGCCUGACCAGGGUCUCUUGUGCGAUCUCCUCUGGGCUGACCCUGAUAGAGACAUAAAAGGUUGGGGUGAGAACGAUCGAGGUGUUUCCUAUACAUUUGGGGCCGACAAGGUGUCUGAGUUCUUGAAGAAACAUGACUUAGACCUCAUAUGCCGGGCUCACCAGGUGGUUGAAGAUGGUUAUGAAUUCUUCGCAGAUAGGCAACUGGUAACCAUAUUCUCUGCACCUAAUUAUUGCGGAGAAUUCAACAAUGCCGGUGCACUGAUGAACGUGGAUGCAAGUUUGCUCUGCUCUUUUCAGAUUCUGAAGCCGUAGGCGUAGAGAUUGGAAGACAGAAUUUCUGGAAUUAAAAUGUAAAAAAAAAAAAAGCUCUAAAGCAACUGCUGAAAUUUCAGAGCCAAAAAGGGCAUUGUGGUUGGGAUAACCUAUGGU